CAUCAAUACCGGAAGUGCGGCCGCCAUUCAUUUAUUGAAAACACUACUUUAUGUAAAGAUGUUAGAGCCUGAAUUGUGUACACAGAAAGUAGCUCAUUAGGUAAAUUCAGAUGUGAUAAUUAUAUACAGUGUCUUCUGCAAGAGCGCAUUUGACCCAAAACCAAUACGAUCGUGUGUUUUGAUCUAAACGGAAAGCCUCAGGGUCAAGGUCACUACCUCACCAAAAGUAGGAACUUUAAAAUCACUACGCCAUAUAAAAAUUUAGUUAUAAAUCUGCGAUUUUGUUUUUUAAAACGAAAGCUGAAAGUUAGGUCUAGAAUCUGUUUCUUACAGAAUAUGUUACGAUGGUAGCUGGUCUUGUAUGAAUUUCUGAGCUAUAAAAUGAGUUGUGGUCUAUUUUUUACCGUAGCGUGUUAUAUGUGUGCGGGGAAGGACACACAUUAACAGUUUGCAUGUGUAGAAUGGAAUUUUCCACUCCAACAGUUAGAAGUUGAUCGUGCUUCCAUUUGCGGUCUUUCUGUUACGCGGGUGAUCUGUUUGGAUGUUAUCACUGAAAAGGUGAGUUUUGACAGUUUUAUUUUGUUUUAGUCUUGCAGUAUAAGGCAAUAGAAUGCUUAUUUUUCAUCUUACUUUCAUAUUUCGUAGUGUUUGCGUAUUUUUGGCCAAUAUUUUGCAACCAUGGUCAAUUUAGAUUGAACUUUUUUUUUUAAAGAUUUUUUUGGGCUUUUUUCACCUUUAUUGGAUAGGACAGUGUAGAGAUAGGAAAUGAGCUGGAGAGAGAGAGACGGGGAGGGAUCGGGAAAUGACCUCGGGUCGGAAUUGAACCCGGGUCCCCGGAUUUAUGAUAUGGCGCCUUAGUCGACUGAGCCAUGGCGCCCCCAAUUUAGAUUGAACUUUUGAUAGAAUCUACGGCCAGUCAUUUUGCCCCACCCCCGCGGUAGUGAUGUCCCGUUGCUCGCGCACCGCAUCAGAGACCUGCGCGACCUUCAGCCGGUACAGUCGCUGUUCUUUUACCACCACCGUUAUUCUCAUCUUUCCGGUGUGUUCUUGAUUUUUCCAUUGUGUCCUAUUUCGCCAUAUCAAAUACCCAAAAUGUAUCAUAUUAUUCAUAUUUAAGUGAAUAAUCAAUUCAGUCAUCAUAACUUGGCAUUUUUAACCCAAGCAAUCAAAAAGAGGAAAUUUAUUCAAUAUUUUCACUCAUCUGUGAAGGAGGGGCUUUAAUUCUUCAUGCUGUAGUUAUUUUAUAUGGAAAUCAAUUUUACAAAAGCAUUUGAAUUGUAAUCAAGAAAUUUUCCACAGUGGAGGCCAGAUAAAGCAAGAUACUAUUAAACAUGACAAAAGAAACAUUGAGUGUUAGGUAAAUGCAAAAAAAUAGUAAAAUUAGAAAAUUUAUUUUUUUACCAUAAUGUCCCAAAUGAGAGACCAGUUUCUGAGACGGAUCCAUAUCAGAACACAUUUUUGAUGACCCCACACACUGUAUACACCACACCCACACGCUGUGUACACACACACUACACUGCACCCACACACACACACAGACACACACAUUUAUAUUACAUAUAGGAUGUUCGGGUCCACUGGACCUGGGGCUAAUAAAAGUGUGUACUUUCACUCUGUCCUCCUCCUGUCUGGGCCUGCUGUUAGUGUGUGAGAGUUUGUGUUUCUGCCCCUGCCGUUCAAGCACCGACACCUGUCUGCUCUCACAUUCUUGCACAUUUUACCCUCUAUCUUGUGGGAACCAAGACAGAGGUUCCCAUAAAUUGGGGCGGAACACAAUAAAUAUAGCUUUUCCAAUGUGGUUCCUUAUCACAAAAGAUUCUCUGCUCAGAUGGCCUUGCAAAUGAUUUUGGAAGAGAGAGAAGCUUUUGAUGAUGGUGUAGAGGAAGAAGUUUCAGGACGUGAGGAUCACAUUUCUGAAAAUUCAGAGUCUGACAGUGACUUUGAAGAAGAGGAUGAGAUGGAGCAUCAGCCAGUCCCAAAACAAAGACAAGCAUGGGGAUGAUGUGUUGUAUAGACUGGCAUGGUUACUGUAUGUGUUCAGCUUGCACUGUGUAAACUGAACUUGUUUGUUUGAUCUGUAACUGCUUAUCCCAUGUGGGGUUGCAGGGGGGCAAGCUGGAGCGUAUCCCAGCUGACCACAGGCAAGAGGCAGGGUACACCCUGGACAAGUUGCCAGCUCAUCGUAGGGCUGACACACAUAGACACAAACAACCAUUCACACUCAAUUUAGAGCCACCAAUUAACCUAACCUGCAUAUCUUUGGACUGUGGGGGAAACCCACGCAGAGAACAUGCAAACUCCACACAGAAAGGCCCUCGUUGGCCGCUGGGUUCGAACCCAGAACCUUCUUGCUGUGAGGCGACAGUGCUAACCACUACACCACCAUGCUGCUGUAAACUGAACUAAAUGGGUUAAAUUUCUAGUGAAAUUCAAAGAAAUAAAAAUCAAUUGUUAUAAAAAAAAACCUUGCAUAAUUUGUAAAUUUGAAGAUAAACAUCUUUUUUCCACUCAUAUCUUGACUAUAAUUUUUCUUUUUGUAAAAAUAAAUUUUAUUAAAAAACAAACAAAAAACAAGUAGCACUUUUUUUUUUAAAUAAAUGUAAUCUAACAAAGGUAAAGGGCAAAUAUUAACCAUGUAUGCUGUUUAUAUUGCUUGUAAUUGGGGUGAAGUAAACAUCUGUUAAGUAUUUCAUGUAAAAUUGUUUGAUUGUGUUGAAUUUAAAACACCAAAAUGCAGCAGGUCCACCAGACCCACGAACACUGGCUGAGUAACAAAAAUAUGAACACCACACAAGGGUUAAAUGAAUCUACCGAUACUGCAAGAAAACUCCUAGCUGACUAAUGAUGCAAUCACAAUGUUUAUUAUUUAUACAGGUAGCUAGGUAUGCUAGCUAGGUCUUUGGCAGUUUUGUCACCGAGGAUAUUGCAUCAGCCUUUGGAGAGGACACUUUACUCCAGAUUAGUCCCUGGAACAGCACUAAGGCCGUUGCAAUGUCCAGGCUCUGGGCUCAGGUGCUGUCUACCAAACGUGCUGUCCUGCAAAGCCUCAUCACACAAACUUCACACACACUGCAAGAACAAUCACACCAUCACAUUUAGUGAUGUCUGGUCUUGUGGACUGCAAAAAAAAACCUUGCACAGACUCGUUUUUAACCCAAAACAUGGCAUAAUAUUCAAACCAUGGAAUAUACACAGAACAUUUCAGUCCACCACUGGAACCUGGAAAUCUGUGCUGAAGCAGACGAGUAUGCCUGGCAAAAAGACAUUAAAGGGACCAAGGACAAAACAGCCAUCCAGAGCCAACCUGCCAGCUCCAGAAGAGGAUAUGAUGCAAAGUGUUGCCUAUGCAACAGCAGAACAGUACCACUUGCCUACUCUCUGUUAUGACCUAAUAGCUAAUGGCUUUUUUGAAAUAAGAGACUUGCCCAGAGAUGCAGCUAAUGUUCUGGUGAUUGGAACAGAAAUGGCAGCAAAACCAGAUGACACUGCUAUGAUGUUUUUCUUCAGGGAGGGCUCAGUGGUUUUCUGGAAUGUUGAUGAGAAAACUAUAAAGAAAGUGAUGCGGAUAUUGGAGCAACAUGAGAUUCAGCCAUACGAGGUGGCUUUGGUUCACUGGGAAAAUGAAGAGAUCAAUUACUCAAUAGAAGAGGGAAACACAAAGCUCCACCGGGGAAACUUCAUAUUUAAUAGUGAUAUGGACUACGAGCAAGUCCUUCUGGAGAAAUUUGCAUUUUCUAAUGCCCUGUCUCUAUCAGUUAAGCUGGCGAUAUGGGAGAUCUCUCUGGAUAACUUUGUUGAAUCUAUUCAGCCAAUUCCGGAGACAUUAAAGUCUGGGAAGUCAGUCAAACUGUCCAGGGCAGAGGUCUUGCAGAAAAUAGGAGAACUGUUUUCUCUGAGGCACUGCAUUAAUCUCAGUUCAGAUCUUCUCAUCACUCCUGAUUUCUACUGGGACAGAGAGGAUCUGGAACAACUGUAUGACAAAACAUGUCAGUUUCUCAGUAUCAACCGUAGGGUUAAGGUUGUGAAUGAAAAACUGCAGCACUGCACUGAACUGACAGACCUGAUGAGGAAUCAUCUUAGUGAAAAGCACAGUCUCCGACUGGAGUGGAUGAUUGUAAUCCUGAUCACUAUUGAGGUGAUGUUUGAACUUGCUCGUGUGGUCUUCUGAGGAAACAAAAGUCUUUGAAGAGGACGACAUGGUGAAAUCAGCCAACUAUAAAAUUUCAGUGUUCAUACAGCUUGGCUGCAUCUUUUUGAACCUCUAAUCAGUAGACUGUUGUCAGAUGCUUGCUCUGGUACUCUGUUGUGCUGUAAGUUUUUAUUAGAUAAAUAAAUUUUUAAUGUACAAA